AUGUCGGGUAAGGGCAAAUACCAAUUCACGCUUCCUGACAAGGACUACCGGGCCUUGUCCGAUACCCUGCCCUGGGCUGCUCCAGCUGGCUCGCUGAGCGAGGAAGAGCACCAGAUCGAGCAGAAUACCGACAAACCCGCGGUCCCGGAUUGGAGUUGGCAUCUUGCGGCAUGCAGGAGUCAGCCGUCUUACACAUGCCAUCAAGGUGCAGACUUUGAAAAAGACGAAUCCUGGAUCAUCCAGUGGGCUGGUCUCGACGCGGCAACUGAGAUUGCGGAGGCAAAUAUUGUUCACAAGUGCGUUAAAAAGAUAGGACGCAUGUCUGCGUACUAUACGUCGAGCCCCGACAAUUUUUGCUGUGCUGUCUCUGGGCCGUUGCAGCCGGUUGAGGUGCCACAGUGCCUCAGCAAGCUCCUUGCCGAUGAGUCUGCCAAGACGCUCAAGGAGAUCAAGGCUGAGAGGGUGCGCAAGAGCACUUCGAUCAUCCAGGACGAGAUGGACAAGGGUGGUGAUGAGGAUGACGACACCCACGAUUCUGUCGAUGGCGACAAGGAAGACCAGCAGGAGGCGGACGAUAACGACUAUAACGAUGACGAAGAUUCGCCGAGCUCCAUCAGCUGUGAUGAUGAGGCGGCCGAGAACCGAUACGUCCCCACCGAAAUCGGCGAGGAGGACCAGGUCUUGGACCAAGACAUGGAGGUGCGAUCCCUGGAAGACGAGUCCGAGGUAGCCAAAGAGCGCGCAAAGCAGAGCAAGAACGAUUACGGUCAGGAAUCCGAACACUCCGAACAGUCCCAGCGGAAACCGGAAUACACGGACAUCACCAGGCUCAUCUCUGAGGGCAGCCCGUUCAAGUACACGUCGAUCAAUGAUGCAAUGGAGCUCCUGGAUAUCCCGUCUCUCGAAUAUACUGUAGGCGUGGAUGCUUUCCAGCCACUCUUUGCGCUCAUCAAGCAGCAUAAAAACGACAAUACCGCCGGUAAGGCUCUCGCUUUCUCUGUUGUCUCCAAAACGGAGAACAUUGCAGAGCUGGAGAAGCCUGAGAAGGCCAAAUACCUCACCGCCAUACGCACCGGGGUCGUCCCUUCCGAUAUCGAGGGAGAGGUGAACAAUGAUAUAUGGUCACUUAUCACAUCACUCAGGCGCCUGGUUAAGGCAGAUCCAGCUCGGUUCACAGAGGCGCCUGACAACUGCUAUCCCGGCAGUUUCUUCAUUGGCGGUAUGUCAUCCAGGGACUGGCACCAGCUCAGCCUACAUACGCGCCCCAUUCCGGUCCUUAAUAAGGACUUUAAUAGAACCUUAUCAAACUUCCUCCUUACCGGAAAGCUGUCGGCCAUUCUGACCUGUGAGGGCUGGUAUCAGGCUGGCAUUACAUUCCUGCAGCAGAAGACUGGCGACUAUAACAAGCAUGUACCACCAACAUCAUAUGCCCUGGUCUCCUUUAAGACCGUGUUGAAAUCAUACGUCCUUGGAGGGCUUUGUGAGGACGACCUUGAUAACGAUGCGGCAUAUAACAUCACGGGCAUUCUUGUUCUGGUACGAGAUGGCAGCAUACUCGGCGGCCGAUCUGCCCUGCACGGCCAUCAUGGUCGCCUGUACAAGACCAGGGCGGCCAUCAAGCUGAUCAUGAACAAGUCCAAUAGGCGGACACAGCAAAUACAACGAGAAGCACAACAAGGGCGAGCUCAAGGAUACGUAGACAUUCCUGUCUGUUGUCAAGAUGGCACUGGUGCAUCUCCUCGGCAUAAAGAGCAAUAA